AUUGAGAUAUCCUGGCAACUCGAUCAAAAUGCCAACCGGCGUGUCGUUCAGUCCCGAUAAAAUGCCAGACCUCUCGGGGAAGGUCAUCCUAGUAACUGGCGGUUAGAACCUGCAGGGUACUCCCUCAGCUGGCAAACACCCUAACAUAUACCAGGAACAGCCGGCCUCGGCGCCGCGACGGUGCUCCAUCUGACGAAACACUCGCAGCCGCCCGCACAUAUCUACAUCAGCGGACGAAACGCAAAGCGCGCCGACGACCUCAUCAAACAAGUAUCUGCCUACUCGGCAACAACACGCGUCUCGUUCCUCCCAUGCGACCUCGCGUCCCUCGCCUCCGUGGACGAAGCAGCAGAAACAAUCCUCAGCCAGGAAUCCCGUCUCGACAUCCUCAUGUGCAACGCAGGCAUCAUGGCGCAGCCUCCUUCACUCACAAAAGACGGCUACGAGGUGCAAUUCGGGACCAACCACUUGGGCCACGCACUGCUAAUCCGCAAGUGUCUCCCCCUGCUACAGCGGACAGCCGAGCAGCAGGAACAGUCGGACGCACGCAUCAUCCUCCUCACCUCGCUAGGCUUCCGAGGCCACCCCAGCGGCGGGAUCGUCUUCUCGGACCUGAAAACCGUCCAGCAUUUCCACGCCUUCGGCCUCGGCCCCUGGAUCCGCUACGGUCAGAGCAAGCUCGCUAAUAUCCUGUAUGCGCGCGAGCUGGCCCGGCGGUAUCCCGCCAUUACCUGUGUUUCUAUCCACCCUGGAGUGGUGAGCACGGGGCUGGUCGAGAAUCAGACCUGGGGGAAUCGUGCGUUUAUCUAUGUGACUACUAUUGGGAAGCUUUGGGCGGCGACGGUGCGGAAAGAGGAGUUGGUGAAUGGGGGGUUUUAUGAGCCGGUGGGGGUUCUGGGGAAGCUCUAUAGGGCUGCGGGUGAUGAUGCUUUGGCGGGGAGGUUGUGGGAGUGGACGGAGGGGCGUUGGGGAUUUUUCUGGAACAAGGAUGGAAUGGCGUUCUAUGCGCCAGUGUUUGGCCAUCAGUUCAAUGCAUGUAAGAAAGAGGUUUCAUGGUGAGGAGCACAGUGACGAGUAUUGCUAUAUAUAUUUCAUAACCAGGGGGAAAACCCCUCAGCAUGCUGUGAGGAGUC